AUGGGCACUACGGGUGGGCCAGUCAUGGGUCUUAAUGGGAAUGAUAUGUGUGUUUUCCAACAGAGCCUACAUUCUGGUGGAAGAGAUCGUGAUUUAGGCGAUUGGUUACGACUACGAGAGUCGGUUCUGGUGAACAUCAGUGGCAUCAGUGGUCUAAUGCCUCCAAUGCCUCCGAGGCGUAGGAAAUACAAUAUAGACGUCUGUGAAGAAGAGAAAUCCAAUUCUAAACGCAUUAAGACUUCAAUUAUGAGUUCCGACCGAUAUAACUCUCGUCGCAACAGUUCCCGAAACGACGACGACAUGACCUCUUUCUCGCAGAAACGAUGCAUCGCUUUCUUCAAAGAGUUCGCCUCGCUGUCAGAUCCCGACACUAUAGAACCGGAAGGCAUUGAGAACUUCUGUAACGCGCUGUCAGUGGCGCCCGAAGACAUUGUUAUGUUAGUUAUCUCAUGGAAAAUGGAGGCCAAACAGAUGGGAUUCUUUUCCAUCAAAGAGUGGAUCAAAGGCAUGAGUGAUAUGCAAUGUGAUUCAUUAGUAAAAUUGAGGAAUAAGUUGGAAUACUUGCGGUCUUUGCUCAACGAUCACACGAUUUUUAAAUCUAUAUAUCGAUAUUCAUUUGACUUUUCAAAGGAUAAGGAUCAGCGGAGCAUAGACUUAGAGACGGCCAAAGCGAUGCUUCAGCUCCUUCUGGGCAACCGUUGGCCACUGUAUCCAUAUUUUCAUCAAUUUUUAGAGCAAUCAAAAUACAAAGUCCUAAAUAAGGACCAGUGGUGUAAUGUAUAUGAGUUUAGUCGGUCUAUUAGUCACGAUCUGAGCAAUUACGACGAGGACGGGGCCUGGCCUGUCAUCCUCGAUGAGUUCGUCGACUGGUAUCGCAAACUAAUUCAUAUUAAUUAACUUAAACUCUAUUAUAAUUAUAAUAAUAUUGCGAUUAAUAAAUUUCAUCCAAAAUUUUUUGCGACAACAAAAACCAAUUUGUAUUAGGGAUUGAAUUGUACACUAAAUUCUUGUUUUCUUUUCUAAUUAUAAAUAUAAUUAUUUUGUUUGUUUUCUUUGCAAACACUUAUUUACAAAAUA